GCGGAUGAUGCACCAAAAUAUGAAAUUCGAUGUUGCUAUAGUGACUUGUUUGGCAAUAUUCACCGAUGUUGCGAACGCUUUCUGGCGUCUGCCUUGUCGCGGACGAAGUGGUGUGGCUCGGAUUGAUCCCAUAAUGGCACCAGGGAUACCAUCGGAUCAUGUACACGCGGUUCAUGGAUCGGGCGGAUUCUCAAUGUCCGCCAACGAGGCGAGUCUAAAGCAAUCGAGCUGUACUUCGUGCGCAGUGACCCAGGAUAAGUCAGCAUACUGGGCGCCCGCGUUGUAUUUCGUGCAUCAAAACGGCGAUGCUGAGCUUGUCAACGAAGUAGGCGGAAUGCUUGCCUAUUACCUUCUCAAUGGCGAAAAUGUGACAGCGUUCCCUGAAAACCUCCGCAUGAUGGCAGGAGAUACAUACCUGCGCGACUUCCCCUGGCCGAUACCGGAUCCCCCGCAGUCGGAGUGGUCUGGAAAUGAUCUAAAACAGGAGGCUCUUCGCCAGAAAGCUGUCGGAUUCAACUGUCUAAAUUACCAGAAGGAUCCCGAACCCUCUCUGGGUCGCCAUUUCUUGCCAAACAAGACAUAUUUGGAUGAGCACUGCACGGAAGGCGUUCGCUUUGAAUUGAUGUUUCCAUCCUGCUGGAAUGGGAAGGAUAUCGACACACCGGACCACAAGUCUCACUUGGCUUAUCCGUCUCUGGUGAUGGACGGGGAAUGCCCAAAAGGCUUCGAGCAUCGUCUGGUUUCACUAUUCUAUGAAAGCAUCUGGGAUACAUACGCGUUCAAAAGCCAAAAAGGCAAUUUUGUGCUCGCGAAUGGAGACCCCACAGGUUACGGCUAUCAUGGUGAUUUUAUGUACGGCUGGGAUUCGCAAGUGCUCCAGCAGGCGGUGGAUACCUGCACAAACAUGUCUGGAGAAGUGGCGGACUGCCCCAUUUUUAAGCUUCAAAGUGAUGAGAAACAGGAUGAGUGCCGUUUCUCCGUCCCGGAUGCUCUGAAGAAUGAAGACGUGAACUACCACAAAGGUGGUCUCCCGAACAAUAUCGCUAUUCAAAGCGGACCUGCAUAUGCUAGCCCAGUCAGAUACAUCACCACUACCACCACCACCGCCGCCGCCGGUGGCCACGGGAGACCAACGCCCGUCUACUUGGAUGAUCUGCCUACUGUGGGAGUUGGUAUUGAUCUUGGGUUCUUGUCGGCCGGUCUGCAUGUGGCCCUGCCUGAACUAACUACUUCGUCCACCACUACGACGGCGAAGACAAGGGAGCCGACUGCUCCCCCGGUUGCAGAGGGUCCUCCUGCCCGUCCGAUCACUUCCUCAAUCACCAGCACGCGCACGACAUUUGCUGCACCUUUCACCGCAGCUACUUCAGUGACUUCUGUCGCGCAACUUCUAAUCCCGAGUGCGUCGGUCGUAUCGGGAUUUCCCAGUGUAACUGUCAAGCCGUCACUCUCAGCUUCCUCGUCGGCAUUGACUGUGCUUUCGACUAUGGCUACGAAGUCUCCGGUCUUGCUUGCAUCAGUUCCAGCUUCUUCAUCGGCGGUGUUGGCUAAACCGGUAGUUGCGCCUCUCGCAGUCUCGACUGGUGUAACGCCAGCAAUUCCUCAACCUUCACUCGAUAUGUCUUCAAAUCUGACCUCGUCAUCUAUCGAUGCAACAUCCUCCUUGAUUCCCUCGGCUCCAGUGACAUCUUCAAAUCUGUUUGCGGUGUCAUCUUCAGCUCCGGCAUCUCCAUCUGCCGCCGUGCAGUCUUCGGUCUCCAUUCCUCCGGCAUCUAAUCAAACUCCUAUUGUGGUCACCAUUUCUUCGACGUCUUUCGUUUCCCCCACGCCGGCGUCUUUCAAUGCUACUCCGAGAUCUUCAGUAAUGGGCGUUCCUUUCUCAUCCGCUGCCUCUGGUGUAGCCUCGUCAUCGGCACCUCUCUUCCAUACACCGAACACAACCGUGCCAACCACUCAGAUCAUCAUGUCUGCAGCACUUAUCGCUUCUCCGACAUCUCCAUCUACAGACAACAUGGUAACACCUUCGACAUCGGCCAAAUCUUCAGCCACGAGCACCCCAUUGAUCAAGACUGUCUCGCCGGUGGCCAGCACCUUCGCUGUCGCGGCCAAACCUCCGGUGUUGACCACUCCUUCGUCCACGAGCGCCCCAUUAAUCAAGACGGCUACUCAAAUGUCGAGCGCCUCUGAAAUUGCGCCUAAGCCAAGCGUGAUUGCUUCUACCAGCAGUCCACCCACCCAGGCUCCCCCCACAGCAUCGAGUACCUUUGCGGUAGUCGCUAAGCCCGCGGUGACGCCUUCGCCAGCGACCAGCGUUCCACUCAUCAAGUCCACCCUCUCAAGCGCAACUCCACUGGCCAAGCCGAACGUGACCACCCAGACCACCAGUACUGCGUUGAUCAAGACUCCCAUAUCAGCAUCGAGCACGCUUGCUAUGAUCCCCAGACCUGCGGUAUCUCCAGAAACAGAACCCUCCGACUCAUUGGAAUAUUCUUUUGCAAGCGCUGACUGGGAAGUGAUCACGACGUGGUCGCCGCCCUCGAGCACCUCAUCGGCCGAACCGGCCUUGUCCACAACAACCGUCUACGUUGAACAGGAGAUCAUCGUUCUCGUGGAUGAUCACGGUGUCCCUAUCGAGACGCAGACUGGCUCUUUAGAAACCGCCUCCAAGACGACGUCCAGUGGCGGCGCGACGUCCAGCCGACCCCCUUCGAAGCGCGGUUGGUAUCACAACCAUGCCCGCAAGCAUUACCGCCACGGACACUCCCAUUGAUUGGAGUUGUCCGCUAUGCAGGGGUUUUGUGACUUUGUUUUCUUUCGGAUAUACUUAUUUGCCCUUUCUUCAAAUGUCCCUGCGACGGUCCAGGCACCGUCGGAUUUACGAUGUAUAUGUUAGAUACCUCAGCUUCCCAUCCUCGAAGGAUCGGCUCCACGAUCACUGUCGCUGUCUCUGGAAGAAAUGCGAAGUUGAAUUCUGUGGAAUAUAUUGAAUGAAUGAAAGCUGACUGGAGGAUAUUCCAGUUGCAGUGU